AUGACACAACGAGAGAGAAACCCGUGCGCUGAUUUUUUAAUGCAGUGCUGAAUUGCUUGCAUGGAUGCAAAACUGUCUGCCUCUUCCUAGCCUUCUCUUUGCAGACGAGGGAGGCAUCUGAAAUGUGAAUUCCUGGGAUUUUCCAUAGCCAAGAGGACUGGGACCACAAGCUGCAAAUUUCAGUGGCUCAGCGCAUAUCGGAAAUCUUCCAAGAUUGCAAAUCUGGGAGUUGCUCUGGGAUGGCCCUGCCAGUUUGGGACAAUUUGCAACACGGGCCUUGAGCAUUGGGUCAAAGAAGCAGAACCGUAGUAGAACAGAAGUGAAGGUGCAGUCAGAGGCGCGGGUGUUUUUCUUGCCAACUGACCCAAAAUAUUUGGAACUUUAAAGAGCGAACAUUGAAUCGGGGACAAAUGUGCACAAAGGAUUCAUAAGAGCAAUGCUUCAAUAUGCAGCAAUUCCUUCUCUGCGAUUAUGUUCGUUCGGUAAUUAAAUCAAAAUGAAUAUUAAUCAAAUUGCAAAGAGCAACUAGCUGAAAGGAUUCAGGAUGAUGCAAGCCACCGGCAGAAGGAAGCAUGUUCCAGAAAUAGAGGACACCACUGAUGUCUUGAUUUCUGCCGUCUCCUGAGAAAAAUACCAAGACACAAAUCUCCUAAAGUGACCAUUCUCAAUGUGCAGGAAUAUUUGCUGUCUCUCCUAAUGUGCAUGGAGGGAGAUCCCUGCCUCAGCUAGCAUUGCUGGCAGAGUCUAUGAAAAUCAGGUUUUGGCAUUGAAAAGACAUGAAGGGGCAGGAAAAAUAAGGGGGCGUGCAGAGACAUCAUGAAAAACACAGUGGGGAGGAAUCGAUCUGACUAAGCCCAGCGUGCAGGUCCGUAAGGACAGAGAUUUGUGGAUAUAAUUUUAUUCCACCAGAGAAUCCCGAGAACUGCUUUUUAGUCCAUCUGCAUGUUUGACACUGGAAUAGGUGCGGAGGGUGGGAAGUCACAGCAAGAUUCCAAUCUCUGCCCCACGUCUAGCAGGAAAUUCCUUUCUGCGGCCCCCCAACAUGCCUGCCUCCAAACCCGGAGUGGAGUACUGGAUUGACGGGUCCCACCGCAACACUGCCCUGGAGGACUUCUACGCUAUGGGCCCGGAACUGGGAAGGGGUGCCACUUCCGUGGUGUACAGCUGUGAAGAGAAAGGAACCCACACGCAGUACGCGGCCAAAAUCCUGAAGAAGACGAUUGACAAAAAGAUUGUGCGGACGGAAAUCGGCGUCUUACUGAGGCUUUCGCACCCCCACAUUAUCAAGCUGAAGGAGAUCUUCGAAACGCCCUCCGAGAUUGUGCUCAUACUUGAACUAGUGACGGGAGGAGAGCUCUUUGACAGGAUUGUAGAGAGGGGAUUCUACAGCGAAAGAGAUGCAGCCCAUGUGGUCAAGCAGAUCCUAGAAGCUGUAUCUUAUUUGCAUGAAAAUGGAGUCGUCCACCGUGAUCUGAAACCAGAGAAUCUCCUGUAUGCAGACCUUUCCCCAGAUGCUCCUCUCAAAAUCGGUGAUUUUGGAUUGUCCAAGAUAGUGGAUGAGCAGGACACCAUGAAGACUGUUUGUGGUACUCCAGGAUAUUGCGCACCUGAAAUUCUCCAUGGCUGUCCAUAUGGACCCGAAGUGGAUAUGUGGUCUGUGGGUGUCAUAACGUAUAUACUGCUUUGUGGGUUUGAACCAUUUUUUGAUCCAAGAGGGGACCAGUACAUGUACAGCAGGAUACUGAACUGUGACUAUGAGUUUGUUUCUCCUUGGUGGGAUGAAGUCUCCCUCAAUGCCAAGGACUUGGUUCAAAAACUGAUAGUCUUGGACCCACAGAAGAGGCUAACAGUACAUCAAGCACUGGAACACCCCUGGGUCACGGGCAAAGCAGCUAAAUUUGCUCAUAUGGAUAGCACACAAAAGAAACUGCAAGAGUUUAAUGCCCGGCGGAAACUGAAGGCUGCAAUGAAAGCUGUAGUCGCUUCUAGCCGUCUAGGUAACCACGGGCAUCAUGACAGCUCCAGAAAUGGACGUACUCAUGAAGGUACCAAAGAACCGUGCCUGGCUCAGGGAGCUGAGAACUCCUGUCUUCAAGACAAUCCUGAUAGCUCUUCCAUGGCCAGCCGGCCAGAAUCCAGCACAACAGGUCCCUCGGCAAAGGCAGAGAACCUGGAAGCUUUCCAAAGUGAUUGCCCUGCAGCUCCCAAGGUUGCGUUUAAUGGGGCCAGCUGUGAAAGUUAGUUAUAAAUAUGGCUGACGGCUCUUAACAACUUUAACUAAACAAUAUCCCAUGACUCUUGGCCACAGCCAUAUGGAGAGGAGUAGGCAGAAGAAGACCGAGCAAUGGGAGGAGCAUCUGAGAAAUUAUUGGAAACUGGGACUUUGAAUAAUACAUAGCAUGUAGUAGAUGUGCUUUGAUAAGCACUUGGUCUCUCAUGUGACGCAUCCUUAUUUAAUGUCCUGUCUCCAGUACAAUUGUAACUGGUGGCUGUGUAUGUGGAUGUCUGUAUGGACCAACCUAGCAAGUCAAAGCUGGCAAGUUGAACUUUCAACAAUCUAUUCAUGGCCACCUUGUCUAUGGCAUAUGAAAGAGGAGCAAACAGCAGACAGAGGCAUUUUUACCUUCCCUACAAAAGAAAUUAGGAUGAACUACCAAAAAAAAAAGAUAGUCUGGGAACACUGAAUAACAAAGGAUAUUGCAACGAUAGACGGAACCAUGGGAAAAUACUACGCAAAAAAUAAAAAUCUAUCAUUUCAAAAAAGAAUUAUUCUGUAAAUAAUGAUAGCUUAAAGGUAGA